AAAACAGAAGAUGGCAAUGUCGAGGAUCUGCAACAGGCGUCGAAGAAACCCUAGCCUCUUUCUUGUGAAGUAGAAAUGCAGGAGUAGUGAGAAUGAAACUCUCGUGACACGUUUGAAGUCGUGCGUGUCGUUCGUUUACACAAGCAACGAUGUCGAGUGUUCUAGCGAGGACUUUAUUUUAUCCCACACUCGCUUACAAUGUUGUCAUGGAGAAGAUCACUUCCAGGCAGUGGUAUAAUCGCGUGGACCCUACUGUCAUUCUCGGUGCUCUUCCAUUCAGGUCAAUGACAGAGGAGUUGGUCCAAAAAGAGAAAGUCAGAGGAGUUAUUACCAUGAAUGAAGAAUAUGAGACAAAAUAUUUCUGCAAUUCAGCUGAGGAGUGGCAAGAUGUUGGCGUUGAGCAGAUCAGACUCAGCACGGUGGACCUGACAGGUGUUCCCAGCCUAGAGCACAUUCACAAGGGUGUGGACUUUGCCUUGAAACAUCGAGAGCAGGGCACCAGUGUCUAUAUUCACUGUAAGGCUGGCCGCUCACGCAGUGCGACUAUUGCAGCCGCAUACCUCAUCAGGCUGCACUGUUGGAGUCCAGAGGAGGCCUACAAGGUGCUAGCCUCAGUCCGGCCUCAUGUGCUGAUCCGCUCAGACCAGCUGGAGAUACUGCAGGAAUACUACAAGCAAGUGUGCGGCUCUGAGUCCAGCUAGAAGAUACACAGUCUACAACUGCUGACAGUUAUGCUAAAUCUGAUAUACUGUACAGCUGUAAUACAUUGUUUUUCCUUGUUGGAGUGCAUAUUUUUCUAUAUAUUCUUCUAAGAAUUUGUGUACUGUACUGAGAAGCAGACUUAAAGCUAUGAUAACAUCCAUCUGCAUCAAAAAUUACAGUGUGAAUAAAACAAUAUUGUUGCCAUUUCUAUUACCUCAGAUGUUCUAGAGACAGUGAAUUUACAAAUGCUAUUUAUUUUUGAUUGAGUUAGUGAUGUGAUGUUUUUAAAGUUUUUAAAGUGUUUUUUUUUUUUUCUCUUUAAAUCCAGAGCUUCUAACGGACUUCUUUGUACUAGGAGUUGUUAAAAAACUGCAUCUGGUCAUUUUUGUUUCUUUGUGCAUGUUAUCUUUAAGGUCAUGAUAUUUUAUAAUUGUAGGAAAUUGUA